UGGCGGGGGCCUGGGCUGUGCGAUAAGGCGGGCGUGGGAGGCGGCGCUUGGUGUCUCGGUCCCCGCGCGGAGACUCGGGAGCGGGGCUGGGGUCCCCCACUGAGAGUCGGGGCGGAGCGUCCGGCCGAGUCACACCCGCCUCCAUCCGGGGGCCUGGGCCGCCAAGAUGGCGGUGGCGGUGUCCGCGGUGGCGGCAGUGGUGGCUGCGGCCGGUGCAGGGCGCGGGAGCCCGGCGCUGGGGACCGAAUAGCGCCCCCCGUGGACCCCGCGUCCUGGCCGCGGGGCGCCCUGGGCACGGCAGCCACAGCUCCCCACGCCGGCGCCCCGCUCCGCCCUCCCGGCGCGUCCAUGAACUCGGUGUCGCCGGCCGCCGCGCAGUACCGGAGCGGGAGCCCGGAGGACGCGCGCCGGCCCGAGGCCCGCAGGCCGCGGGGAUCCCGGAUCCCGGAUCCUAACGGCCUGGGGCCCUCUGGAGCCAGCGGCCCGGCUCUUGGCUCGUCCGGGGCCGCCCUGGUGGAGCCGGACGAAGUGGAUAAGUUCAAGGCCAAGUUGCUGACCGCCUGGAACAACGUCAAGUAUGGCUGGGCAGUUAAAAGCCGGACCAGCUUCAGCAAGAUCUCUAGCAUUCACCUCUGCGGCCGCCGCUACCGUUUUGAGGGUGAGGGUGACAUCCAGCGUUUCCAGAGGGACUUUGUGUCCCGCCUGUGGCUCACCUACCGCCGGGACUUCCCACCCUUGGCUGGAGGCUGCCUGACCUCAGACUGUGGCUGGGGAUGUAUGUUACGCAGUGGCCAGAUGAUGCUGGCUCAGGGCCUGCUCCUACAUUUUCUGCCCAGAGACUGGACAUGGGCAGAGGGCACAGGCCUGGCGUCCCCUGAGGUGUCAGGGUCAGCCUCUCCCAGUUGGUACCUUGGGCCUGCCCACCGGAUGUCCCCACGCUGGGCUCAGGGGACAUCUGAACUAGAGCAGGAGCGCCGGCAUCGGCAGAUUGUGUCCUGGUUUGCUGAUCACCCUCGGGCCCCCUUUGGUCUACACCGGCUGGUGGAACUUGGGCAGAGCUCAGGCAAGAAGGCCGGAGACUGGUAUGGGCCAUCGCUCGUGGCACACAUCCUCAGGAAAGCCGUGGAGAGCUGCAAUGAGGUCACCAGGCUGGUGGUGUAUGUUUCUCAGGACUGCACGGUAUACAAGGCAGAUGUGGCUCGCCUGGUGGCCAGGCCAGAUCCAACAGCCGAGUGGAAGUCUGUUGUCAUCCUGGUGCCGAUGCGUCUGGGUGGCGAGACUCUCAACCCCGUGUAUGUGCCGUGCGUGAAGGAGUUGCUGCGGUCAGAACUAUGCCUGGGCAUCAUGGGUGGCAAACCCCGGCACUCACUCUACUUCAUUGGCUACCAGGAUGACUUCCUGCUCUACCUGGAUCCCCACUAUUGUCAGCCCACUGUGGAUGUCAGCCAGGCUGACUUCCCCCUAGAGUCUUUCCAUUGCACCUCACCCCGCAAAAUGGCCUUCACCAAGAUGGACCCAAGCUGUACUGUGGGGUUCUAUGCUGGAGACAGGAAGGAGUUUGAGACGCUCUGCUCUGAGCUGACCAGGGUCCUCAGCUCCUCCUCCGCCACCGAGCGCUACCCCAUGUUCACCUUGGCCGAGGGCCACGCUCAGGACCACAGCCUGGAUGACCUCUGCACCCAGCUGUCCCAGCCCACGCUGCGGCUCCCUCGCACCGGGCGCCUCCUCAAGGCCAAACGGCCAAGUUCUGAAGACUUUGUGUUUUUAUAACGGGAGGGGACGGGGGAGAUGCCUAUUUAUUUUUUUAUUUAUGCCGCACUGGGCGUGGUAAUGGGAUUUCCCACUUUCGUAUCCGCGCAAGCCCAGCUGAGACCAGUCUAGGGCCCCAGCUAGGGCCGAGCCCACCGCUGCCCGCUUCCCCCUGGUCCCGCCCACCCGGACAGAGGGAUGGAGGCCGGGGCACCCACUCAGGGCCUGACCUACGUACUGUAGCUCACACUGGACCGGCUGCGCCCCACGCCGCCCCGAAGCCUCUUUCCUGAGGGGCCUGGGGCGCCAGGGCUAAUAAAGCUGCUGGACUUG